UAUCAUUAUGCAUUUUCGCAUUAUAUCGAAAGGAGAAUUUCAAGCUUGACAAAUAAAUCGGCCAUGGCGGAAACCAGCGCCCUUUUUAUGCAUAAAUUGCACAAAAAGAACUGCCAAACAAACAUCCCUCAGUUCAUUUUUGUCCUUCGGCUGGACCGAGUGUUUAUUUGUCAGGCUUGUUAUUCUCCUUCGAUUGUGGGAAACUGCAAUUUGGGCAAAGAUUAUUGGAUCACUUCGGGGAUUCCGAUUAGCCGUCCGCCGCCGCCGAAUCGCGGAAUCCGGUAGGUCGGAGAACUGAUUCGCGUCGUUUAAUUUUGCGAUUUGGUACUUUUUCGGAAAAUUAGGGUUUCUGAUUGGGAAUUUUUGUCGAUUGAAUUUUUGGAAUUAUUGAUUGUGGAUUCAUUCUAGCGUGUUUCAGAGUUUCGCGAUUUGUUUAUUCUUCGUCGGAUUGUGGAUCGAGUUUGGAAACGGUACGAUGCUUCUUCUCUGGUUUUGUUUGUUGGAUUUGUGAAUGAUGCAUGAAGUUUGAUGUUGUGAGUUUUCGUGUUCUUCGCCAUAGUUGAAAUUGUUCCAUUCUUGAAGGUGCUUGUGAAGUUCGUUCGUUGUUCUGCGGUUGUUAUUUGUUAGUUUUUGUCUACUUUAGCUACGAGUUUUAAUUGCAAUAAUUAAGAAAUAUAUAUUAAGUAGAAUUAAUUAUAAUAUAAUAAAAAUAAUUAUAAAUUAAAAUUAAAAUAAUUAAAUAAUUUAGUUAAAAUAAAAAAUUAUAUAAAUUAUAAAUUUUAAAAUAUAAUUAAAAUAUAUAAUUAUAUUUUAAACAAUGUGAGAACCUACAACAAACGCAUGCCUUUAUUAACGCUGUGUGUAAUAUAUGGCUUUUACAUAUAUUAGUUUGAAAACCUAUAGUACAAAUAUUUAAAAAUAAAUAAAUUUAAAAUAAUUCUUUUAAAAAAAAUAAUUGUCAAGAGAAAGAAAACACACACACACAAGGUAAAUUUCAAUUAAACUUCCGAUUCUCCGCUCUUCUCUCCUUCAAACGCAAAAUUUCCUCCGAUUUUUUCUGCCGACGCCUUUCAAUCUUCAUAUACAUUAUUUGAUUUAUUGCUACCAAAUCGGUGGUGGUUUGCUGUUCCUGAAUCCGUCCGAGUCCCGAAUUUUCUCCCCGAGAUCGAGUCGUCUGUUUCGGGGAUAAGUGCGUACAGCAGCAAUGGGGACUCCGGCGUUUCCGGAUCUCGGUAAGCACUGCAGCGUUGAUGAUUGUCGCCAGCUCGAUUUCUUGCCUUUCACCUGCGAUUGCUGCCAACAGGUAUUUUGUCUCGACCACCGGAGCUACAGCCGCCACCAAUGUCCGAAAGCCAACAAAAACGACCACACUGUCGUCAUUUGCCCGCUAUGCGCAAAAGGUGUUCACCUAAUCCCGCAAGAAGACCCGAACAUCACAUGGGAAUCGCAUGUCAACAUCGACUGCGACCCGUCCAACUACGAGAUCGCGACCAAGAAAAGGAAAUGUCCUGUCCCAAGAUGCCGGGAGACACUAACAUUCUCUAACACGAUCAAGUGUCGAGACUGCAACAUCGACCACUGUCUUAAACACAGGUUUGGUCCUGACCACAAUUGUCCAGGACCUAAAAAACCCGAGCCCACAUUUCAAUUCUUGAAUUUUCUAAAUCGAACCGGGAAAGAGGAUACCAUUAAACAAGAAAUCGCGACUUCUUCUUCACCAUCAUCAAAUUGGUCGUUAGCCUUCACCAAAAUCGCUUCAACUUUUCGCGCCACGGCAGAAGCCGGCGUGAAUAAGCUUAGCAGUGAGUUUAAUCAAGUUUUGCGCACGAACGGAACGUUAUCUCAAAACAAUAGCGAGAAUGGAAAUGAUCGAAUCGAAAUAUGCCCUCAUUGUAAUUUGAGAUUUGGCAAAGUCGGAGAUCUAGUGGAUCAUGUCGAGAAAAUUCAUCACAAGAAUGAGGUGAUGAACAUGACCAUCAACGUUUGCCCUAAAUGUAGUAAAGGGUUUCGCGAUCCUAAUUCUUUGGUCGCACAUUUAGAUAAAGAACAUCGAGGUGUGUCGACAAAAUAAUUUCAAGUGAAUCUUCUUGUAUAGAUCUCUCUCUUUAUGUAUAGAUUGGUUUCGAUCAUGAGAGAUUUUUUUAGGUGUUUCUUUGUAAUAGUUUUGUUACGAUGCUCAAUUCUCUAACUUGAAUUGAAUGUAUGUGUUGGGUGUGUGUUUUUAUCAAAAAU